AUGCAAAUCAGCUUCAAAAAGUUGGAGCUCUCGCCCCUGCAGAACCCCCCUCAGAUGGAGGCUUUCUUUCUUCGGCCUCUCCGGAAACUCCAAUCCAGAUUGUGCGGGUGUCCGCCUUUGUCGUUUGUCAUCGAUGCCCUUGAUGAACGCACAUCAGAACCUGAACUUACCGAUCUCAUCGUUUCCCUUGCACGGGCUCUUCGUGAGCCUGAUCUACCCGUGACACACAUCCUGCUCACGAGUCGCCCGGAGUCGCAUAUUAGCAAAGUCUUUCAGAACAACGAGGUGCGCCUGUUGGUGCGCGACAUACCCGUGACAACUUCUUGGGAGGGUGGCAUCAUCUCGUUGGACGGCUCAGACUUUGACCGGACGCCUUCACGACUUUCACACACAAAGCGCAGCAAAAACGUCGAUUAUCUUCCGACGCUCUCAAGUACGCUCGUCAAAACUGGACUAUCCAUUUCUCGUGUGUUCCAAAUCUACGGGAUGACACGCUUAACUGUAAAUUCCAUUCUUUCUGGAAUCCUCACCUCCUUUCCUGGCUCAAACGGCAGUGGUAUUUGA